AUGCCGAAGGGUGUCGAGUAUGCCACAGCGGAUGCCCUCAGUGAUUUGAAGGCUGAGAUGCAACAAAUGGCCAGCAACGCGAGGAAGCGAGAUGAUUUCGUGAAGGGCCAAAUUACGAAGCUUGAGCAGCUGACAUCCAUGCUGGAGAAGGACCAAGGCUACACGCUCAAUCAGCACCAGCAGAAAAUGCAGGAGCAGGAAGAGACCGUGAGGAAGCUCGAAUCGGAGACAGCCGAGCUGCGCCAGGAGUUGAACAGCGAGGUGGCCAAAGGCCAGGAUCUGAAGACGAAGGCCGAGCAUCUUGAAGAGCGAGUGGCCAGUGUUCAGGACCUUGCGAAGCAAAACUACGAGGUUCUACAUCAGAUGCAAAGCAAAGCGCAGCAGGAGCAGAUGGAGGAGUUGAAGAAAGCCCGACAGGACUUGGAGAAGCAUGCCCUGGAAGCAGCGCGCAAAGACGCAGAGGAGGUGUCGACGAAGGCGAGAAAAGACCUGGAUGGGGCCACAUCUGCUGUACGCGGAGAGAUGAGCAAAGGCCUGCAAGAUCUGCAGGCGAGCCUCUCUGAGUCCAUGAAGCAAAGCUUCGAGGCUUUGGAACAAAACAUGAAGGAGACACGCCGGGCCCUGGAGGCGCAGUGCGAUGCCAUCCUCCAAGAGACCAAGCAGAAGCAAGAGGCCAUGGAGCAGUCUCUGACGAGGAAGAUUGCCCAGGUUGAAGAGGCCUCAAAGCAGCUGACCGAGGAGCAGGUGGCGCUCGAGAGGAGUAUCCGUCAGCAGGAGGAGGCAGCUAUACAAGCGCAGCUGAAGAAGCUGGAUGAGGACCUCAAGGGCGACUGCCAGGAGCUCAGGCACGGCGUCCAAGAGGGUCAGGUACAAUUGCAGCACGUCCGCCGUGAGGCCGAAGACCGGAGCGCGGCGGUUUUAGCGGAGAAUCGGGCAAAUAUUGAGCUGCUGCAAGGUGAAUCUGCGCGGCUCAACGCUUUCUGCUCUGGUGUCUCAGGGCUGCCGACAAGACAGGUGGAGUGGCGGUUGCCAGAAGACACGCUGAAGCAGCUAGAGAAGGUACAGGACCGGGAGCCAGUGGACGACCCCUCCCUGGUCGGGGAUGCACAGGCCAGCUUUUUCUCGCCACCCUUCGAGGCAGCCGGGACUCGUGGCAUGCAGCUGGAGCUGCGAGUUCACACCCGCCGCUCAGGACCUGGGGACGAGGAAGAUUCGUCCGGGAACCAAUGCUCCCUGUACCUUUGGGCCUCUGCUGGUUUGCAGCUAGUCUUCCGCCUCUUCCUGGGCACGGAGUCCGUGGUCCUGCGGCAUAGUUUCGAUGGCAAGUCUCCUUGCGGCCUGAAGCGCAUGGGUUCCAUUGUUGAACAGAAGUCCAUUGAUGGCUCGCUCAAAUUGGGAAUCGAGAUCCACGAGUCCUUGGUGGAAGCUCGGGCAAAAGCUUUCAAGGAUGAAUUUGUCCUGUAG